CAAUCAGUAGUGUGAUGCAAAAUGGAGAGAAAAUAGACGUUUUGCUGCUCGUUGAAAAAGGAAGAACACUAUACAUCCAUGGCCAUACGAAGCUGGAUUUCAUGGUCUGGUAUACCGCAAUUGAAAAAGCAGCAGGUACAGAUGGUAAUGCAUUACAAGAUCAGCAGCUCAGCAAAAAUGAUGUUCCUAUUAUAGUGAACAGCUGUAUAGCAUUUGUUACACAGUAUGGUUUAGGUAGCAAGCAGAUCUACCUUAAGAAUGGCGAUUCUUCCAAUGUGGCUGAACUGCUGGAAAGCUUCAAAAAAGAUGCAAGGAGUGUUAAACUAAGAGCAGGAAAACAUCAGCUUGAAGAUGUGACUGAUGUAUUGAAAAGUUUUCUUUCUCAAAUAGAUGAUGCACUUCUCACUAAAGAGCUUUAUCCAUUCUGGAUCUCUGCGUUAGAUACACAGAAUGAAAAGGAACGAGUGAGGAAAUACGGAGCUUUUAUUCGGACGCUUCCACCAGUCAAUAGGGCAACUUUGGCUGCUUUAAUUGAACAUCUUUACAGGGUGCAGAAGUGUUCUGAAAUCAAUCAUAUGAACCCUCACAAUCUAGCCAUGGUGUUUUCCUCAUGCUUAUUUCAAACUAAAGGCCAAACUAGUGAAGAAGUCAAUGUAAUUGAAGAUCUAAUUAAAAAUUAUGUGCAACUUUUUGAUAUAAAUGAAGACCAGGUCAAACAAAUGGAUAUAGAGAACAGCUUUAUUACCAAGUGGAAAGACACUCAGGUUUCCCAGGCUGGAGAUUUGCUUAUUGAAGUUUAUGUGGAAAGAAAGGAGCCAGACUGUAGUAUUAUAAUCAGGGUAUCACCUUUGAUGGAAGCAGAAGAAUUAACUAAUGAUGUUUUAGGAAUCAAAAACAUCAUUCCCAACAAAGAUGAUAUCUGGGCUGCUUUUGAAGUACUUGAAAAUGGAGAACUAGAACGUCCUCUGCAUUAUACAGAGAAUGUACUAGAACAAGUUCUUCACUGGAGUUCACUACCAGAGCCUGGCACUGCAUAUCUGAUAAUAAAGAGAUUUCUAACAGCAGACAUGAUAAAACUCUACAGCG